AUGGCCUCUACCGCAAGUAACAUCAUCCCGAAUGACCCAAUGCUGGUCCAGCUACUCAAAGUGGUAAGGCGGACGACAGAACCUAUGAUCCACGAUGGAUACGGCUUCGACAAAACAUACGCAGAUCUACUGGGAGAUGUUAUCCAAACGCGAAAUCUCCUUCGGACCCGUUUGCCACCGGCAGCGCUGGAUAGCGAGGGCCUUGUGCAGAAAAGCCGCCCGUAUGUGAUUAUUCUGGCUAACAGCGGGUACGAAUUUAUCGUCGGUUUCUUCGCCAUCCGGGCCAUUGGAGGAGCUUGCAUACCUUUGG